AUGGAACAGUCUGAAAACGAUUUGUUGCCUCCUGAGGUCCACAUGGAGCCCCCAUGGUUCAGGCGUUGCCUAUCUGUACAGGCGCGCCGGGCAAGAGCUCUUAAACUUCAGCUAAAACGUCGCACUUCUGUAAAUGAACACUGCAACAACUAUAUGUUCCUGGCCAAGCUGAAAAAAAAAAUAGCAAAGCAUUCUCGAAUGAGACGGAGGCUUAUUAUGCUAGGUAGACGGCUGCAGAGAGGCGAACACCAACAAGUAGCCUCCUCUGUUCUGCAAAGUUUGCACAUUCUAAUGCAAGAUACCCCCAGGACAAUUUACUCCUCAACAACAUUAUCAUUCAUUAACAGUGAUGUGUCUUUUACACCUGCCACGCCUUCCAGUGUUGACAAAAAUGGAGCAAGUGAUGUUGCCUUGGCAAUAAAUCUUGGACAGGCCAGGAAACCACUUGCACAUGCCAUUCAUCUACAAACAGAUCCACAGGGCAGCCAACAAAGAGUGCCCACCACAGCUAAAUGUGUCACUGGCAGAUCCCUCUUGAUUGAUGUCGAAGACGGAAACAAAUCCACUGCAAAUAUACCUACAGGUUCAGUUUCAUGCACAGGCACAUCAUAUUUAGGCCGUCCUACCCACACAUGCAAGCAUUGUCAUGCGAUACUAUGGUUUGAGGAACGCACCAGAAGAAACAAGCAAACCUCGAACCCCCAAUUCACAUUUUGUUGCAUGGAAGGCCGUGUCAAAUUACCACUCCUGAAAGAACCACCACCUGUGCUCAAACAUCUUCUAGGCCCAGAAUCUGGACAGCGGGGAAAUGAAUUUCGACGCAAUAUCAGGCCUUACAACUCCAUGUUUGCAUUCGCAUCAUUGGGUGUCCAGGUUGAUAAACUAAUUAACAAAAGCAAAGGUCCUUAUGUCUUUCGUGCCGGUGGCCAGGUUUAUCACAACACGAGCUCAUUGCUCCCACCAACAGGAAAGAAACCACAAUUCGCACAGCUAUACAUAUAUGACACUGAUCAUGAGGUUAAUAAUAGAAUAAGCACACUCAAGAAGGCGGACAAAAUUGACCACAGCAUUGUCCAGGAUUUAACUCAAAUGCUAGAUCAACACAACAAUCUGGUCAAAUCUUUUAGAAGGGCAAGAGACAUGUUCAAGGCACAACCAACAACUACUUUCCACUUGCGUAUGCCAGAAACCAGAUCCACUGAUGGAAGACAGUACAACAUACCAAGUGUGUCCGAGGUAGCUGGUUUAAUAGUAGGUGAUCUCUCUAAAAAAAAAUUUGAGCGCGAUAUUAUUGUGCGUCACCGUGCUAAAGGGGUUACACACAUUAAUGAGUUGCACCCGAGCUACAUGGCUAUGGUCUAUCCGUUAAUUCACCCUCACGGUGAGGAUGGCUACAGACUUGGGAUACCGUUAGAAGAUAAAGGCUCCCGGACUUAUAAAAGGCAGCAACUAUCAAUGUGCCAGUACUACUGCUUCAGGUUCCAGCAAAGGCUCAACGAGGGUCAUGCUCUCCUUCAAGCAGGUAGGCUCCUUCAACAAUAUAUGGUUGAUGCCUACAUGGCAGUUGAGCAGGAGAGGUUUAGAUGGAUACAAACUCAUCAGAAAGAGCUGCGGACAGAGCUUUACUCAGGACUGAUGGAUGCUGUGCAGCGCGGGGAUUCAGAUUGUUCAAUAAUUGGAAAAUCAAUUAUUUUGCCAUCUUCACAUACCGGAGGACCACGAUACAGAGCUCAGAAUUAUCAGGAUGCAAUGGCAAUAUGUCGAUGGAUUGGAUACCCUGAUUUAUUUAUCACAUUUACGUGUAACCCAAAGUGGCCAGAAAUAAAUGACAUGCUAAACAUGAUAGGACAAAGAGAUGACCCUAACAGAAUCGAUGUUGUCUGCCGGGUUUUUCAGAUCAAGUUGCAAGAACUAAUUCAGUAUCUCAAAAAGGAACAACCAUUUGGCAUAAUAAUGGCAUGUAUGUACACUAUUGAGUUCCAAAAACGGGGCCUCCCUCAUGCGCACAUACUUCUGUUCUUGCAUCCAUCGAUGAAGAACCCUUCGGCCGAUUAUAUAGACACAAUAAUUAGUGCGGAAAUACCAGAUCCUAAUACUGACCCUGAAGCCUACAACGCAGUGAAGAGGUCAAUGCUCCAUGGGCCAUGUGGUCAGGCAAACAAAAGCUCUCCUUGUAUGUUUCAAGGAAAAUGUUCCAAACAUUUUCCUAAAAAGUUUACUGAGCGCACCACAAUCGGGGAGGAUGGAUUUCCAAUUUACAGGAGAAGGAAUACCGGCAUUCAGGUGCAGAAAGGAAAUACACUAUUAGAUAAUCGGUAUGUGGUGCCUUACAACAGAAAUUUGCUUGUCAAAUUUGAUGCUCAUAUCAAUGUUGAACUCUGCAAUAGUGCAAGAUCUAUAAAAUAUUUGUUCAAGUAUAUCAAUAAGGGUCCCGAUAGAGCAACCGCAGUUGUGGAAAAUAUUGAAGAAAAGGAUGAGAUUAAAACAUAUCUUGAUUGUAGAUAUAUAUCAGCAAAUGAGGCCUGUUGGAGGAUAUUUCAGUUCAGCAUUAAUUACAGGUAUCCGGCAGUUGAAAGACUACCCUUUCACUUGCCCGGCGAGCAUACCGUGGUGUUCGAAGAAGAUAAAUGUGUGGAAAAUGUUCUCAGUGUUCCUGGUGUGGCCAAGACCAAGUUCACUGAAUGGUUGGAGACAAAUAAGCGUCACGAGGAUGCACGCAGUCUUACUUACUCUGAAUUUCCGAGGGAAUGGGUUUGGAAUGCUAAGGAUAAAAUAUGGACUAGGAGGAAAAAAGGUGUUGUAGUUGGUAGAAUAUAUUUCGCACAUCCUGCAAGUGGGGAACGCUUUUACAUGCGCAUGCUUCUUAAUUUUGUCAAAGGGAGCACUUCUUUUGAAAGUAUACGCACUGUAAAUGGAGUGACUUAUCCAAAUUACAAGGCAGCAUGCUAUGCUCUAGGAUUGCUAGACGAUGAUAAGGAAUGGACGGAUUGCUUAUCUGAGGCUGCAGUUUGGGCCACCGGAAAUGAGCUACGCAAUCUCUUUGUCACAAUUCUCAUACAUUGUCAAGUUUCUGAUGUUAGGCAACUUUGGAUAACACAUUCAGGCACACUCUCGGAAGACAUUCUAUUGUUGCAGAGGAAGAGAUUCAGGGUGCCUGAACUCCAGCUAACGCCACAACAGAUUGAAACUUAUACAUUGCUUGAGAUCGAGGAGCUUAUGCAAAAGUUAGGAAAAAGUAUAAAAGAUAUAGAUGGGAUGCCACAGCUAGAUUCAUCACUUACAAGAGAUACGGGGAAUAGAUUGUUUAACGAGGAGCUAGAUUAUGAUCGAGUGGCGUUGAAAGCACUGCACGGGAAAUUAUUAGGUAAAUUAAAUAUUUACCAAAAGGAGGCAUAUGACUCGAUUGUUCAUUCUGUGGAGCAUGAUCAAGGUAAAUUGUUUUUCAUAAGUGGCCAUGGUGGGACCGGUAAAACCUUCUUAUGGAAUACAAUUAUUUCUAAAUUCAGAUCAGAAUCAAUGAUAGUGCUUCCUGUUGCAACAACAGCAAUAGCAGCUUUGCUCAUGCCAAAUGGUCGAACAGCACACUCUCGCUUCCGUAUUCCAUUAAAUCUUUCUGAAGAAUCUACAUGCGAAAUUAAGCAUGGUACACAGCUGGCCAAACUACUUCAAAAAACAGCUCUCAUUAUUUGGGACGAGGCACCUAUGGCUAACAAAUACGCAUUUGAAGCCCUCGACAAGAGUUUAAGAGAUAUACUUUGUACUAGGUAUGAAGACAGUCGAGCAAGGCCAUUUGGAGGGAUCACAAUCGUGUGUGGUGGAGACUACCGUCAAAUUUUACCUGUUAUCCCAAAAGGCGACCGAGAUGACAUAGUUCAGGCCUCACUUAAUUCAUCAUAUUUGUGGCCGUACUUUGAAACUUACGAGCUUAAACAGAAUAUGAGGCUGCAUCGAGAAGGUUUGGACCCGGAAGAGGCUAAAAGGAUAGCGUUAUUUGAUAAAUGGUUGCUACAGAUUGGGGAUGGUACUCUGUACGAGGAUGCUGAACAAGAAACUAUUAGAUUGCCUACAGACCUAUGCAGACCAACAGGAAUUGAGCCAAUGGAGGAUAUCAUUGAUGCCAUCUACCCGGCACUCCUGCAAAAUUACAUGAAUCGAGAAUACCUUAAAGAGCGUGCUAUACUUACACCAAAAAAUGACGUGGUUCAUGAGUUAAAUGGCUACCUAAUGAACAUGAUGCCAGGAGAUGGGAGGACAUAUCUAAGCUCCGACAGUGUAUGUAAGGCAAGCAUUAAAAUUAAAGAGGGAUUGCCCAUCAUGCUCCUUAGAAAUCUUAACCAAUCUGAGGGUCUUUGUAAUGGCACGCGGUUGAUUGUCACUUGCUUAGGUAAAUGGUCAAUUCGAGCUGACAUCAUAUCUGGAACAAAUAUAGGUAAAAAUGUUACUAUACCCAGGAUAAUAAUGGCGCCAAAUGAGUCACGGUUGCCGUUUAAACUCAAUAGGCGACAACUGCCAGUGUCGCCAUGUUUCGCCAUGACAAUAAAUAAAAGUCAGGGCCAGACUUUGAAACAUGUUGGCCUUUAUUUGCCAAAUCAGGCAUUCACUCAUGGCCAGGUAUAUGUGGCAUUGUCAAGGGCCAGCAGCCGAGAGGGACUGGUGGUUGUUAACGCUGAUCAGGAGAUGAAGGAACACACACUUAUCAAGAACAUUGUUUACAGGGAGGUUUUCAGCAACAUAAUUGGUAGAUGA